AUGGACCUAACUAAAUUACAAAUAAUCAGGGAUAAGCGAUAUUAUAUAAAUGUAAUAUGGAGAAUAUUUAAGGUAUUUAUCCACUUUGUAUUAUUCCUCUUCUUCAACGCCAUCUUGUUCAUAAUUUCGGCGUCAUUUACGACCAAAUACAAAAUACCAACAGAUUUGAAAGUCCGAUACGAGAGACUCUCCAGUGCAGCCGUUGGCAAUAAAUUUUUUCUACCCGCUGAAAUGGCUUCAACUGGAAGUAGACAGCCAAGGCUCAACGACGGUGAUAAAUUUUGCCCAAAAUCUCUUUCUACUGAUAUUAUCCUUGAACGUUCAACCUGCCCAUGGUACCUGACUACUACUCAUGAUUCAACAGUUUUCCCUCCAUCACGUACUGAAGUAGUGUGUCGCUAUGGACACUGUCUAGACCUUGACAACAAUCAUCAAUGUGUAACAGUAUAUAAUAAAAUGUCUGUCCUCAAACGUACAGGUGAAUGUGUCGAUGGAUUGUAUGUGUACAAACCAAGCGUGAUUGAAGUAGCCACAGCUUGUGUAUGUGCACGAACAUUACAUAACAUUAAUGGGAGAAAUGAAAGCCAAUGUGCAACGAAAAAUGGACCAAUAUAA